AUGGCAACGAACGUCGACCACGGCCGAGAACCGUGCCCGCACAGAAUCCUGGACGACCUCGGCGGCGCCUUCGCCAUGGGCGCCAUCGGUGGAGGCGUCGUCCACUUGUGCAAAGGCGCGUAUAACUCCCCGCGCGGGUACAUCCUCCAAGGCGGAUUAGAAGCCAUUCGAAGGGAAGCGCCGAGAAUAGGCGGCUCCUUCGCCGUUUGGGGUGGCUUGUUUUCCAUGUUUGAUUGCGCGUUAGUCGCGGUGAGAAGGAAAGAAGACCCGUGGAAUCCAAUAGCCAGUGGGGCUUUGACGGGAGGGGUGUUGCAACUCAGGUACGGGUUGCCGUCCGCGGCGAGGUCGGCGGCGUUUGGCGGGUUUUUGUUAGCGCUGAUUGAAGGGGUGUCGAUCGCGCUGACGAGGCUGACGGCACCGCCGCCACCGAUGCCGGAAGAGAUGAUGGCGAUGGAAGGUGGCGCGCCGAUGGGAGGCGUAAACGGCGCGCCGGGGGUAGAAGUCGGGAAUCAUCCGCAACAAGAAGAAAGCGGGGGGAUUUGGAAUAACAUUUUCGGUGGUGGUAGAGACGAGGAGAAGAACGACGGGGCGCCGGCGAUGCCAAAGUUCAAGGAGGAAUUGGAGUGA